CCCCCCCUCACCCUAGGGGAGCAGGGACAACAUGAGCGUGGUGCUGGUGAGCCUACCGGGCGCGCCCAAGGUGACCGAAGAGGCCCUGAAGAAGGAGGAGGACCUGGACAAAUACUUGGAGUCGCGGGUUGAGGAGCUGCUGGGACGCUUCGGGGACGAGGGGGUCCCCGACCUGGUGUCUGUACUGCGGAGCAUCGCCACGGAGACCGUGCCCAACCUCCCACCUGGUGGAGGCCUGGCCAGCAAACGGAGUGUAAUCGAGGCCAUGUACAACAGGCUGAACCCAUACAGGGAAGAGGAAGGGGUGUGGGGUAUCUAUAUGACUGCAAAACCUGUUAUUACUGAUAUCUGUACCUAG